AUGCUUUACAGACCUUGUAAUGGCACGAAAAAAGAAGACGGCGGAUUCCCUGGUACUCGCGAGGCAGGAGGUUUUGGAAUACCAACUGUGAGCACGAAAAUUUCCGGGUGCUACGGAUACGCAAUUUAUGGUUGCAAUCUAUCACAACAUAAAGAGAAGCCAACAAUAAAUCAGUGCACAGAACCCAGAACCUCAGGUUUUCUUUUUCUUCUGAACUUUCUAAUCCUUGAUUGGAAACCGACCACACAAGCACUGCUGAAACUGCGAAGACUAAGUGAAGAUUUCGAAUUUCUGAUAGCGCACUAA